CUCGUGCUCUCUUUCAUCAUCAUUACAUUGCUAGGCCAACAUCGCCACUGACUACUUGUGACGUCUUAACACCUAUAUCCUUACGUGAUUAGGUGUGCAGCCACUUUGACGCGCUAUAGUCGCUUUUUCUGAAGCUUGCGCGAUAUUGCGCCACAAGCUUGUACACAGUCAAAAAUCGCACUUGGAUAUUUACGCGAUAGCUUAGCGAAUUCGUGCUACUAAGAGAGUACACAAAUCAGCAAUUUUGGCUCAGAAAAGCGCGUUGGGAUUGAGAACUGAAAAGAGCUUGGAAUCAGCUGGCAUACGUCAUAGCAAACAUGUUUCCUCCAACCCAAGGGUUGCGCCUGGACAUUGAUGCCAUUAGCCAGAUUUUUGGAUCAAUCAGUAUUGCAUGCUGGAUAGUCGUCUUUUCGCCGCAAAUUAUUGAAAACUGGAAGAGGAGCUCUGCAGAAGGAUUAUCAGUCGUAUUCAUUGUAAUAUGGCUUCUCGGCGACUUCUUCAACAUCAUAGGAGCCGUGUUGCAAGGGGUGCUGCCCACCAUGAUUAUCCUAGCCGUGUACUACACGCUCGCAGACAUUGUCUUGCUCCUCCAGUGUUUCUGGUACAAGGGCUUCACGCUGCGCGACGAUUUCAAGAAGCCCACGUCUGAUUCUGAUGAAGAUAGCAUAACCAGCGAGCAGUCUCCGCUCCUUGGCGAGCGUAGACCGCACUCAAACGGAUCUCCUUAUAACAACCAACACGGCAACGGUAUCGAGGUCCAACGGCCUAGAAUCUCAGACUAUGAAAGACGCGGAUCAGGAAACUCGCAGAGCUCAUUCCGCGAACGCUAUCUUUCCAUCGACGGCACCCAUCUCUCGCCCGUCACUCCGCUCCUCGACGACCCCACGUCCGGUCGCAGCAACAGCGCCAUUGCAACCAGCCCCCCACCACAACAAUCCAAUCUCCAGAUGAUCAUCUUCAACGCAGGCACUGUAAUCCUCGUCUGUGCCGCCGGCGUCUUCGGCUGGUACCUCAGCGCGCGCAACUCAACCGUCCCCAGAGACUCCGACCCCCCAGCCGACUCCACCCUCCACUUUAACCUCUGGGGCCAAAUCUCCGGCUACGUCUGCGCUGCGCUAUAUCUCGGCUCCCGCGUGCCCCAGCUCCUGCUCAACUACCGCCGCAAGUCCACCGAAGGGAUCAGUAUGCUCUUUUUCCUCUUUGCAUGCCUUGGUAACCUCACUUAUGUCCUUAGCAUUCUGGUGUACAAGCCCAAAUGUGGAGGCAACAUGUGCCAUGACGGCGAGGGCCGCGCAGAGUAUGUAAAGUAUAUUGCGGUGAAUAUGAGUUGGUUGCUAGGAAGCUUUGGGACGCUAUUGCUUGAUGCGGGCGUUUUUGUGCAGUAUUUUAUGUAUAGGGUUGAUGAUGAGGAGAGUAGUGAUGAGGAGUAUUAAAUUUGGGUGAUCUUGUGGUAGGAUCUUUUUCUUAUUUCAAAAAAUAAAUAAAAUUGGUGUUGGGUUUGUUAAUGGCCAUGUACAAGAUUUGAAUGCGUAUGUAAAAUGAAAGAACUUGUAUGGUAUAGCUAUGUUAGUAUGGAA